AUGGAACAGGCCAGGGUGUCCAAGAACCCACCCUUUGUGACACGUGGUGACAUAGGAGCUGGCGGUGACAAGAGCACGCCACAGUGCUCGGAGCAGGCGACGGGACAGGACAGGACAGAGCGGUGCCGUGCCUUCAAGGCACAACUACACAACUUGUUGACUCAGAACUUCACCCUUCCAUCUUCCUUCAAGGUGCCCUCAAGGCCAGACUCUAGCAUGACAAACAGUUUUUCCAGCCUGCUCAAAGCGAUCAGGGAGAAAAAAGAGGAAGACCCUGGAGCUGACCCAGCCCAGCAUCAUGAAGAAUCGGAGCAGUUCCAGACACUGCAGGAUGUGCCUGAGUGCCACGAGACCAUCGUCCUUUAUUCCUCCCGCCUGUUUGUGGCUCUGCUCUCCCAUGUCCUCGAGCGCCUGGACAUGAGUAAAUGUGGUGGCAGCGUCCUGAAGAUCAUGUCAAGGUACCUCCGGAGUGAAUGCAGUCAGAGGCGUCGCCUGGCGCUCAGAGGCCUCGUGGUGCCCAGCAAGGAUCCCUCGAUGGCCAGAAGAAUGUGUAGCGUGUCUCAAAGCCUUCUGCAGCUGCUGGGGGAUGAAGAUAGAGAGGUGGUCAGCAUGAGCCUCCACGUGUUCACCAAUGUGCUCCAGCACAAAGACAUCCUGGGGGCUCGGCUGCCUCCUGCCCUGGCGCCUGGCGGGCUGCAGCCUCCUCCAGGCCUUGGCACAGGGACAAAGGUCUUGUGCCCUGGGCUGUGGGGCCAUCUCGGGGUCUCUGCUGCUCUCCAGGCCUCUCGGGAAACGCUGCAUUGUGCGGCCAAGUUCCUGAACAGGAGGGAUCUCGAACAGCUGCUGGAGAAGGAGCAUCUGUGGAAGUUUGCUGAGGUCCUGCUGGCAGAGGACAGGAGCCGAGCGGCCGAGCACCUGCGCCGGGCCCGGCCCUACCUGCAGAGCCCACAGGGGCCCCUGCGAGAGGCGGCCGUCCGGUUCAUGGGUGAGCCAGGAGCCCGGGCUCCCUCCCCGCCCCGCCGCAGCUCGGCCCCAGCCCCGCCUGCUGCCCCGCCGGCGCCAUCCGGGCCCGGCGCCACGGAGCCCCGCCUGGCCUGGGCGCUGCUGCCGCCCUCCGGCAGCCGUGCCCUUGGGCGGCAGCGUGCGGCAAGGGCCCGGGCUGAGCCCUGCCGGGCCACGAGGCCGUGUGGCCACAGGGCUGGCAGCGCCGCUGGCAGGGAGCUGUGCCGCUGGGCCGUGACAGGCUCUGUGUUCGCAGGGAUGGCCGGGCGCAGCUCGAGGGGGCAGCAGGGAGAGCUCCAGCUGAUCUGCAAUGGUGAGUGAGGGCAGCGGGCUGACAGCGGGGGCUGGCGGGGGCAGCUGCGAGCCCUGCCCCGGCUGCAGUGGGCUCUGCUCCCGGUGCGCACCAGGGCUGCUGUGGGCAGAGCACACAGAGAUUUCAGGCACACGUCGGGGA